AUGUUUAGGAUCGCAAACUACACUGGAAUCUCGAAGACUCACGAAGAGACCGAAAUGAACACAGAUGGUGGCUUCACCGUCGUCGCUCUCACCCUUGUGGCCGCUCCUGCCAAGUACGACUUCAAAUAUGCCGUGAAGGACGACUACUCCGGAAACGACUUCGGUCAACAGGAAGCUCGCGACGGUUACGAUACUCAGGGUUCUUACUACGUUCUCCUUCCCGACGGUCGCUUGCAGAAGGUCGCCUACACUGUCAACGGCGACUCUGGUUACGUGGCUGAGGUCAGCUACGAGGGUGAAGCUCAGUAUGCUUACAAGCCCGCCCCUGCUUACAAGCCCGCCCCUGCUUACAAGCCCGCCCCUGCUUACAAGCCCGCCCCUGCUUACAAGCCCGCCCCUGCUUACAAGCCCGCCCCUGCUUACAAGCCCUACAAGCCCGCCCCUGCUUACAAGCCCGCCCCUGCUUACAAGCCCGCCCCUGCUUACAAGCCCGCCCCUGCUUACAAGCCCGCCCCUGCUUACAAGCCCGCCCCUGCUUACAAGCCCGCCCCUGCUUACAAGCCCGCCCCUGCUUACAAGCCCGCCCCUGCUUACAAGCCCGCCCCUGCUUACAAGCCCGCCCCUGCUUACAAGCCCGCCCCUGCUUACAAGCCCGCCCCUGCUUACAAGCCCGCCCCUGCUUACAAGCCCGCCCCUGCUUACAAGCCCGCCCCUGCUUACAAGCCCGCCCCUGCUUACAAGCCCGCCCCUGCUUACAAGCCCGCCCCUGCUUACAAGCCCGCCCCUGCUUACAAGCCCGCCCCUGCUUACAAGCCCGCCCCUGCUUACAAGCCCGCCCCUGCUUACAAGCCCGCCCCUGCCUACAAGCCCGCCACCGCCUAUAAGCCCGCCCCUGCUUACAAGCCCGCCCCUGCUUACAAGCCCGCCCCUGCUUACAAGCCCACCCCUGCUUACAACCCGGCUCCGACCUAUGCUUAAAUGAAACAAAUUUGAAUAUACAUUUGAUGAAUAUUUAUUAAACAAAAAUUCUAUCACA